AUGGCACCUGUUUCACUGCCACCCGGUUUCAGGUUCCACCCUACCGAUGAAGAACUUGUUGCUUAUUACCUCAAAAGGAAGAUCAAUGGCCGAAAGAUUGAGUUGGAGAUCAUACCCGAAGUUGAUCUCUAUAAGUGUGAACCGUGGGACUUGCCAGGGAAGUCCUUGUUACCUGGAAAAGAUAUGGAAUGGUAUUUCUUUAGCCCUCGUGAUAGGAAGUACCCAAAUGGAUCAAGAACGAACCGUGCAACCAAAUCUGGAUAUUGGAAAGCCACAGGUAAGGAUCGGAAAGUGAAUUCACAGGCUCGGGCAGUGGGUAUGAAGAAAACCCUAGUUUACUAUCGAGGUAGAGCACCCCAUGGCUCUCGUACAAAUUGGGUUAUGCAUGAAUAUCGUCUUGAUGAGAGAGAAUGCGAAACCCCUACAGGCUUGCAGGAUGCAUAUGCUCUUUGCCGUGUGUUCAAGAAGAGUGCAGUGAUUACACCAAAAGUUGGGGAGCACUAUGUUAAUGUCACUAGCCAUGCCAACCAGAUUACAAGCGAUCAAUCAUCAAGCAUUGAGCUACACUCUGAAGGAAGGGGCGAAGAUUUAGAUAGCUCAAAUUAUUUGAUGCCAAUGGAUAUAACUUGCUCACCCCACAACAUGAGAUAUGAGACUUCUCUCAAUACCAAUGGUGGGAUAAGUGAUCAUGGGAAUUGGUCACACUUCUCAUCAGAAGACCCAUUAUUUAGUCUUCCAACAACUUCUUUACUUCCUAACUAUGGAGCCAUAACAUACCCUACAUCCAAGGUGGAUAUAGCACUAGAGUGUGCAAGGAUGCAGCAUAGGUUUGCUGUGCCUCCUUUGGAGGUGGAGGAUUUCCCUCAAGUUGGAAUCUCUGAGCUGAAGAUGACACAAGCCUACGGUGCCACACACGGAAGCAGAAAUGAAACGGAUAUCUUGCAGGAAAUUCUUUCAGUUGCUCAUGCUUCUCAGGAAUUGAUAAAUCAGUCCAGCUACUCACAGGCAUGGGGUGGGAAUGAAAAUUGUGCUCCUCGUGAGGAUGAUUUCACUUUCAUGGUUGGCACUAAUUACAACCAUUUAAGUGAUAUGAGCUCCAUGAGAUAUGUUGACAAAACAUGGGAAGAUUCAAACACAAUGUCCAUAGAUAUUGGAGAUUUGGAUGAAGAAUUCAAGGCAGAGAGGAUGGUAGAGAAUUUAAGAUGGCUUGGAAUGUCAAGAAAAGAUUUAGAGAAGAUGGAAGAACAAAAGAUUGUUCCAAUCAAGGAUAUUUCAAGCUUCCAAACAAACAAGGAAGAAAAUGAGGUGCAAGCAGAAUCUGAUCAUCACAAUAGCAACAAGGAGCACAAUGACACUUACAUCAAUGAUUUCUCAUUAGGCUUCGUCAAUGAUGAUGACCCUAACGAGAACUUCAUAGAUGAUAGUAAUAACAUUAAUGAUUACUCAAGUUCUCCAAGCUUUGAGGUCAUUGAGGAAAUUAAGGUCAGUCAUGGGAUGUUAGUUUCGACUCGACAAGUAGCCGAGACAUUCUUUCACCAAAUAGUUCCUUCACAAACCGUCCAAGUUCAUCUCAAUCCAAUGAUGGCAAACAAUCAUUAUAUAGAGAAUGCAGAGGCACUGAUGAAGAUAGUGGAGAACCAAGGUUCUUUCUUUAACAAGUUUAAGGCCUAUGUGAUGAGAAAGCUAAUAAAGCCAUCAAAGGCAAUAGCCAAUGCGAUUGUACUCGUAUUUGCACUUCUGUUGAUACAUUGUGUUCAUUCGAAAGAAGAAGUGGAAAUUUGGAAACCAGACAUAGUGGAUGUGAAGAGAAUGAGACAAUCAUCUGAGAUAAUCAAAUGGAAUGAGUUAAAAAAGGUUUGGUUUAAUUGUGUCAAAAGUGAGAAAGGAUUCAGUGCAGUCUUGAAGAAAAUAGGCAUUUUCCUCACCAUAUCUUUGGCUCUUUGUACAAUGUGGGCUAACCACAAUAUAGGAAACCCUUGA